GCGUUGUUGUUUUUUUUCCCCUUGCGGUACAACUGAAUGUGUUCUCGCGAUAUCUGGUUUACAAACGUAAAUUGUCAAUGUCACACGUUUGCGGAAUGUAUGUGUGUAUACGGACGUAAGGUAAUUUUUUUGCACAAGGUUCACAGCAGAUACCCACGUGCAAUGCGUGGUCCUCUACGAUGGGUGCUGUGGGAUGUGAAAGACACCCUGCUGAAGGUGCGUUCCUCUGUGGGUGAGCAGUACUGCGACGAGGCCAGAAGAAUGGGUCUGAGCCUCACGCCUACCGAGGUGGAGUCUGCUUUCCGCCAGGCGUAUCGACAUUAUUCCAGCCAGUUCCCAAACUACGGCAUCGCUCAGGGCUUGGAUGGAAAGUCUUGGUGGAUGGCGGUGGUGAAGGCCACCUUCUCUCAGUGCAGAGUGCAGGACCCGGCCUUGCUUAAUACAAUGGCACUCAACCUCUACCAGAACUUUAGCAAUGCAGAGAACUGGGAGGUAUUUCCAGAUUCAAAGUCUGCUCUGGAGAGCUGCUCCUCACUAGGAGUGCAACUAGGAGUGGUUUCCAACUUUGACAACCGCCUUGAAGCCAUCUUAGGUGCUUGCGGGCUGCUUUCGCACUUCAACUUUCUGGUGACAUCAGAGGCAGCAGGUGUUGAGAAGCCUCAUGCGGCCAUCUUUGAACAGGCCCUGCGCAAGUGCGCCGUACCCCCUGCCAACAUAGCUUACGUCGGGGACCAUUACGUGAACGAUUAUUUGGCAUCUCGUUCAGCCGGAAUGCAUGGCAUUCUUUUGGACCGCAGUAAUAACUCCGGGCGACAUGAUGUUCCUAAAGAGCAUUGGCUCUCAUCGCUCAAUGAGUUGCCAGCACGACUUAAGCAACACAUGGAUGAAUGCUCCUAAUUAUUUUGGAUUGUUUUCGUCCAGUCAGAAAAUUGUGUUUGGAGUAGUAAAGCCACAUAUGGAUCAUAAUGUCAAAAACA